AAUGUCGUCUUCUUCCUCCUCCCUCCCCAGCUCCCGCUCCCCUUUUCCCGCCGCCGGCGGCGGAGGCGGAGGAUGGAGUGGCGUUCGGCCCUGGGGCUCCAGCGGCGGCACGUCGGUGUCGUCGUCGGGGAAGCGGAUCCAGAAGGAGCUGAUGGACCUCAACGUCUCCGACUGCUCCGCCGGGCCCAAGGGCGACAGCCUCUAUCACUGGCUCUCCACCAUCAUCGGACCCCAGGGUUCUCCGUACGAAGGAGGGAUAUUUUUCAUCGACAUUGUGUUUCCAAUUGAUUAUCCGUUUAGGCCUCCCAUGGUAACUUUCAAGACAAGGAUUUACCAUUGCAAUGUUGACUCCACUGGUAACUUGAGCAUGGACAUUUUAAGGGAAGGCUGGAGUCCUGCUUUAACUAUUACAAAGGUGCUACUUGCCAUUAAAGCCAUCAUCACUAACCCAGAUCCAUACUGCCCACUUGUGCCAAGCAUUGGACGUUUAUACUUGACUGAUAGAACUAAGCAUGAUGAAAUAGCUGCAGAGUGGACAAUGAGGUUUGCAAGAUAGGGAAUUCUAUCUGCAGCUAAGCAA